AAGCACGAUGGAAGUGAGUGCGGAGCAACCCCGCUGGAUGAGCCACCAUCAUCAUCAUCAUCCACACCCGGUGCUAAACGGCCAGCACGCAGAGCCGCACCACCCCGGCCUUGGCCACUCGUACAUGGAGCCGCAGUACCCGCUUGAGGACAUGGACGUGCUCUUCAACAUCGACGGACAGAGCGGUCACCCGUACUACGGAAACCGGGCCGUGCAGAGGUACCCGCCACCACACGGUAAGCUUUCAGGAAGUCAGGUGUGUCGCCCGCUGCUGCACAGCUCUCUGCCUUGGCUAGACAGCAGUAAAGGCAUUGGGCCUCAUCAUGGGGCCUCCCCGUGGAACUUGGGUCCGUUUUCCAAAGCGCCGCUGCACCACAGCUCACCAGGGCCUUUGUCUGUCUACCCUCACCCACCCUCAUCUUCAUCCUCUACCUCCUCUUCCUCGUCCUCGCUGUCAGCCGGCCAUGCCAGCCCACACCUCUUCACGUUUCCCCCGACUCCUCCGAAAGAUGUGUCCCCAGAUCCAGCCAUGUCCGCACAGUCCUCUGGUUCUUCACUGCGGCCUGAGGACAAAGACUGCAUCAAGUACCAGCUACCCGAGAGCAUGAAGCUGGACGCGACUCAUGGCCGUGGCAUGGCCUCCAUCGGAAUGGGCACAGUGGCAUCGUCCUCCUCCGCAGCGCAUCAUCCCAUCGCUACUUACCCUCCCUAUGUGUCCGAGUACGGGCCGGGGCUCUUCCCACCCAGCAGCCUGCUAGGUGGGUGCUCCUCUAGUUAUGGUUCCAAAACAAGACCAAAAACAAGGUCCUGUUCAGAGGGUCGGGAAUGCGUGAACUGCGGAGCCACUUCCACUCCUCUGUGGCGGCGGGACGGAACCGGGCACUACCUGUGUAACGCCUGUGGACUCUACCACAAAAUGAAUGGCCAGAACCGACCUCUCAUCAAGCCCAAAAGGAGACUGUCGGCUGCACGGCGAGCGGGAACGUCCUGCGCAAACUGUCAAACAACCACGACGACGCUGUGGAGGAGAAACGCCAACGGUGACCCGGUGUGCAAUGCCUGCGGCCUCUACUACAAACUGCACAAUAUCAACCGACCCCUGACCAUGAAGAAAGAGGGCAUCCAGACGCGCAACCGCAAGAUGUCCAGCAAGUCCAAAAAGAGCAAAAAGUGUCAGGACAGCAUGGACGACUUCUCCAAGAGCCUGAUGGAGAAGAGCAGCUCGUUCAGCCCGGCCGCCCUGUCGCGUCACAUGACCUCCUUCCCACCCUUCUCGCACUCGGGCCACAUGCUGACCACGCCCACCCCCAUGCACCCUUCCUCCGGCUUGUCCUUCGCACCGCACCACCCUUCGAGUAUGGUGACCGCCAUGGGCUAGGCUACCUCUAAAAGUCAGCGUGACCCCUCUAACUCGACCUCAACCUCAACCUCAGACCCCGAACCUGCUCCGCCCCGGCCCGGAUGACUGCUAAAGAGGUUUCAUCUCCGAAAAACAAACUUCCUGAGAGAAAGAACGAGAGACUCUCCAUCACUCAUUCAUCCCGUGUGCUCGCAUCUUUACUGUCAUUUGUGUAUAGACCUGUCAAAUCGCACGGACGCUCCUUCAUCCACCUCCACGCAUUUUUACUUCCUCUCCGAGAGGCGAGAACUCCCCGAGCUGUGAAAGACACGGAGACCAGAAAGACUUUGCAUAUUUGUACAAAUUGUAUGAAAUACAAUACAUUUAAUGAAGACUUUUAAAAAAAAAAAGAGGAAACGCCCACGGGCAGCUAACGACAAGAAGGGUACGACGAGGCGAGAGGCCGAGUGAAGGACAGAGCGAACGAUUAAGAGAAAUUAAAUGUAGGAUAUUCAGCAAAGGACGGACUCGUGUGUGUAAUGCAUUAAUGCCUGUGUAGUCGGAUCUGUCCCUCUGACUGCCAGCUUCUCUUUUGGAUGUGUAAUAGGUCCUGGCCAAUCGGUUUGUGUUCGAGAUACACAGAAAUACACACAAACACGUACACACACACUCGCGCACACACACACGUACAUGAAUUCUGUUCACCUGAAAGACUUUCUCCUGGCCCAGGUUAUAUGCAUUGUGAAAAUAAAGUUCCUGUAUUUGUUAUUUGUAUGUAUAAUUCAGAGUACCAAAAAUACGAAAGAAACAAAGAUGUAGAAUUAUUUCUUUA